AUGACCCAUGUGAAAAUGGGACACAGAACUGGUCAUGGUUAUCAGGACUCCUACAGUGUUACAAACAUUAGUGUGAUGCAAGGUACCAAACAAUGUGUUAGAGUACCAGCCUUCACAAGUGGCACAGCCCUCUGGACCAGGCCAAGCACAGGCCCCACUCAAGGUGGGAACACGGACCCCCUGGAGCUCUUCUUCUAUCAACUGUUGGAUGAAGUCCAAGUAGAAGAGCAUGCUCCAGCCCCUCUGAAUUGGGAUGUAGAUCCUGGUGGCAGGGUGCAUGAAGAUUCGUGGGAGAGCUUUUGGCCACAGGAAGAAGCAGGAAGUACAGGCCUGGAUACUUCAAGCCCCAGCGACUCAAACUCCUUCUUCAGAGAGUCCCAGCCUUCCCAAGUGGCACAGCCCUGUGGAGCGGGCCAAGAAGAUGCCCCCACUCAAGAAGACAGCACAAGCCCUCUGGAACUCCUCCUCUUUGAUCAACUGCUGGACGAAGUCCAAAAGGAAGAGCAUGUGCCAGCCCCACUGGAUUGGGGUAGAAAUCCUGGCAGCAUGGAGCAUGAAGGUUCCCAGGACAGCUUACUGCCCCUGGAGGAAGCAGCAAAUUCGGGCAGGGAUACCUCGAUCCCUAGCAUCUGGCCAGCCUUCUGCAGAAAAUCCCAGCCUCCCCAAGUGGCACAGCCCUCUGGACCAGGCCAAGCACAGGCCCCCACUCAAGGUGGGAACACGGACCCCCUGGAGCUCUUCCUUGAUCAACUGCUGACCGAAGUCCAACUUGAGGAGCAGGGGCCUGCCCCUGUGAAUGUGGAGGAAACAUGGGAGCAAUUGGACACAACACCUGAUUUGCCUCUCACUCAAGAAGAAUAUCAGACUCUUCUAGAUAUGCUCUGACUCCCCGACAGUACCCCUUGCUUCUAGAAACCCGAGAGGCCAAAGUCCUGAAGAGACCCGAUUUGGAACUGGAGAAGGGACCCAUCCCAGCAAGGAUGUGCAUCAAAAACCCAACUCCAGUGACUUCCCGAAAUGCAAGGUGUCUCGCUAAC